CAAAUUGCCCGAGGCGAGGAACAAUACAGGAAAAACUGCCAUAAUUUUCACCUCAAUUUACCUCUAACUACAGCGUUGUGUUAGUGUAGUUAAUUUCACGUUUACAAAAGUGUGUAGCUGCUAAAGGAGUGAAAAGCGGUGACUACUUUAUUGCGAUACCAUAUUCUCUAUCAGUAAAAUGUUACAAGAAGUGUGAUAAAAUUAUACAGCACGAUAGAAGGUCUAAGGGAAAAUCAUCAUGUCUCAAAUGCAUAUAUUCAAUACUUCACAACUCAUUUGCAUUACGUGAAGGAAAAUAUUCAAAAUACCAUCGAAGGCAGCAUAACGACAAGAUUUUGCGUCUCCAUAACAGGCAGAUCUGUAUAAUGGCGUGGAUACUUUUAGCGACUUUGCUCGUCUUGGCAACGGAAGCGAGCGAGUUAGCAAGAUCCUGGGAGAGGGAAGAGAUCUCGCUCGAGAAGUGGAAGAGAAUAAAUGCUCUGGAAGAAAAAAAUUUAUACCUUUCGAUUCAUAUCAACUCAACCCACCUGAGAAUCUUGCAAGAACGAACGAUUCUCUAUGAGUUCACAAGCAAAAGAGAGGACGGCGGAAUACACAUGCUUGUCCUGAACGAACGCACGGGCUCUGUCAUGGCGAGUCGGCGGUUUCGCACUUACCAGCCAUCGGAAGGGAAAAAUCUGCGAGACUCUCUGGAAGUUCUGCAACCUGGACGUGUUGUUAUUGUCGUAGGCCUGCCGGAUUUCCUCACCUACCUGUCUCCGGAAGGAGAAGUGGCCCUGGUAAGACUGGGUGCCCGAAUGCUGCCCCGGGUUUGUACCGGCGAGGCCUGGGCCAUGGCAGCGGUCACAGGGUCACCCUCCCAUCGCGCGACCGCUAACCUGUCGCGGGGAAAGGUCAUCGCGGAGGCCGUCGCGACGCGGGAGUACAAGAGACCCCUGAGGAGCCUCUUUCUGGAGGUGACGCUGGAAAGGGCGCCGCGAGACCGGGGCUGCAGGUGGCACGAGGAGGCGGAGCUGAAAGACCAGGCGGAGUUCUGCCGCUCGUACGAGGGCUACCGAGACCUGUGCCGCUGCGGACGCCCUCUGGUGCCAGCCCGCCGCCCGCGCCCGCCUCCGAUCCCGAUGGCGGAGGAAAUCCCAGUGGUUAUAGUAACCGCGAACAAGCCAUUCCACCUUUACAGGCUUUUGAAGAACCUCUUCGAAGUGGCGGGGUCGGGGGAGACGCGAGUGCUCGUGGUGGUGGACGGGCCGCACCUGGAGACCCUGCAGCUGGCGAGGCUCUUCGGGGUGGAGGCGGCUGUUCACUCGCCCCAGGGCUUGCCGGGGGAGAAUACCAGAACCAACAUGAACAUAGCAUUUGCUCUGUACAGCGUGUUUAACCGAUGGCCGCAUGUCGACAAGGCCAUCCUACUUGAGGAUGACCUUCUUCUCGCUCCAGACAUCUUCAGCUACUUCCACCAGACCGCCUGGCUGCUGACCCGUGACCCAACGCUCUAUCUGGUCAGCGCCUUCGGCCAGAACUCCUACCCGAGCACAGCCUGUGACCCGACGACUCUCCUCCGCGCCGACAUGUACCCGCAGUAUGGCUGGAUGACCUGCCGAAGGUGGGCGACGCAGGUCCUGCCGGACUGGGUGCCCGCCGGUAGCGGGGUGGACUGGGACUGGUGGCUAUACACCGAAGGCGUGCGUCGGGGCUUGCAGGCGGUGGUGCCCGAGGUGUCUCGAACCGCCCACGCCGGUGCUGCGGGCGCCCACGUAACGGGCUGGGAGCAACACCAUUACUUCGAUCCGAGGCUCAUCAACUACCGCCCACACGUGCAGCUCAGGAAUGUGCAUAGAUUAUUAGCCGACAACUAUUCCGAAUGGUUCGAAGAUGAGAUUCGACGUGCCACGAAGAUUCAGCUUCGAAGUCAUCCUUGCCACUACAAUAUUAUCCCUAAGAAGAAACCGGGUCCUUUUGUCUUGUACGUGGGCGUUGCAAGCAGAGCAGAUGAUGACAACAGCUUCUUCUUUAUGCAAGCUUGUCUGGGAACAGACGAACAAGAAGUGAAGGAAAUUUACGAGGGCGUAUUAACGUUUCGAGUGCGCCCAUUCUCCCACGCCUACGCCCAUGACCGAACUCAGGCCCAGUCUCAGGAUCUGGCAGCGCAGGACCGCGUCAACGCCACCCUUGAAACAGCAAAGGCUCGAAGUCUCGGUUGUGAAAAGGAGUCCCGCGUUCUGUACAUUGUCGGCUGUCCUUUGUCUAAGUACUGCAAAUAUUCCUCUGGGACAAGUGACUGGAUCGCACCGUCUGACUCCUUCAGGAAAGAGGCUGACAGGGUUGCUAUGAAGAGGAAAACAGCUGGGGACCUUAGAACCAUGAGAAUAAGACUGACUCCAAAAUCGGCCAGAGAAGAAUUUAAUCUCACCAACUUUCAAGAUAUUUCGAGAAGAGGGACUUGGUGAUGCAAUUCAAAAACAAGAAUAAAACAUAAAUAAUUGUGACGAACUAUAA